ACUGGAUCCUGCGCUCCGGGUAUAUAAAUCAAGCGGACGUCCAACAUUUUCACUGAGGAUGAGAGAAAGCCGAACUCAAAUUUAUCAGUCAAAUAACUGGAACUGCCAGUUUGCCAUUAUACAUUUUAAGUUCUUUUGGUGUUCAGGUGUUUUAUAGUAAUUAAAAUGGCCACGUCUUCAAGUGCUCAGCUGAGUAAAAUGGUAAAAAAGCAGUAUAUGGAUCUGCCUCAGGGAGAUAAUGUUCAAGUCAUGUAUAUCUGGAUAGAUGGAACCGGAGAAGGGCUGCGAUGCAAGAGCAGAACCUUGGAUUCUGAACCUAAAUGCAUUGAAGAUCUUCCUGAAUGGAACUUUGAUGGUUCCAGCACAUAUCAAUCUGAAGGCUCCAACAGCGACAUGUAUCUCAUCCCAUCUGCCAUGUUCAGGGAUCCUUUCCGCAAAGACCCCAACAAACUUGUCUUGUGUGAAGUUCUCAAAUAUAACCGGAAGCCUGCUGAAACCAACCAUCGUAAGACAUGUAACAAGGUCAUGGAAAAGGUAAGGGAACAAGUCCCUUGGUUUGGCAUGGAACAGGAGUACACUCUUUUGGGCACAGAUGGACAUCCAUUUGGUUGGCCAUCAAACGGCUUCCCCGGUCCCCAAGGACCCUACUACUGUGGUGUUGGUGCAGACAAGGCCUAUGGCAGAGACAUUGUGGAGGCACAUUAUAGAGCUUGUCUGUAUGCUGGUGUACAGAUCUGUGGAACUAAUGCUGAAGUCAUGCCAGCUCAGUGGGAAUUCCAGGUUGGCCCUUGCGAAGGCAUCAGCAUGGGAGAUCAUUUGUGGAUCGCUCGUUUCAUCUUGCACAGAGUAUGUGAAGACUUUGGCGUGGUAGCUUCACUUGACCCCAAGCCGAUUUCUGGCAACUGGAAUGGCGCUGGCUGCCACACUAACUUUAGUACAAAGGAAAUGCGGGAAGAGGGAGGGCUGAAAUGCAUUGAGGAGUCUAUCGAAAAGCUUGGAAAGAGACACGAAUACCAUAUCCGUGCCUAUGAUCCUAAGGGGGGCUUGGACAAUGCUCGCAGACUUACUGGCCGCCAUGAAACCUCCAACAUCCACGAGUUCUCUGCUGGCGUGGCCAACCGUGGAGCUAGUAUCCGCAUCCCACGAUCUGUGGGACAAGAGAAAAAGGGCUACUUUGAGGACCGCCGCCCAUCUGCCAACUGUGACCCAUAUGCAGUCACGGAGGCCCUGAUUCGCACAUGUUUGCUUGACGAAGAGGGUGAUGAACCCGUGGAAUACUAGAUUUCUCUUCUCUUGGACUGAAUUUACAUCCCCUUAUGUUUUACUCCUUUUACCCAUUUCUUUCUCAUCCCCCUCUUUUAUGGCUAUGAGGCCAAAUUAGUACUGUAUUGUUUUCUAUCAGGGUGGUUUUAACCUGGCAUUUUAAUAUCGCUAAAGUUGACUGGUCAACUUAACAUUAAGCUAGUUAAUCUGAUCUUACACAGUGACACGUUGCAGGGCUGGUCUUGGCUUCCCUUUUAAUAAUUUGGGGAGUGGAUGUUUAACAUUAGUGUUUUUAAAGACACUUAGCAAUCUUGUGGUUCUACUUUUUCUGUUUAAAGUCAACAUGCAUGUGUUAACGUGCACAUUAAGAACCUAGAGACUGCCAAUGCUAGAUGACAUGUCAUUUCUUUAGACCAAUAGCUAGUCAUGUUCUUGGGUAUGUUGGCUUGAUUAUUCAAGUAUGUAAUGUUUUUAAUGUUACUUUAUACAUUGGCAGUGUAUUAAAUGGCAGACUUUUGUAUCCAUUAUGAUUGUACACACUGUUCAUGUUGUGCGGUACACUUUACAAUUGAGGUUAAAUAACUGUCCUGUUUUUAUACUUGUGACUCUGUUAUUUGUCUACUACUAUAUGAUGGCACCAGUUUUGGUAUAAAUCUGAAGUUGCUAAAGAGACUUAAAACAUUUAUUUUUACCACAAA